AUGGAUCCCGCCUCCCUCCGCUUCCAGCCACCGCUUCCUCUGCUGCUUCUCCUUUUAGCAGUGGCGGUGCGGGCGAAUCUCACGGCUCUGACCCUCUAUCAGUCGAAUCCGGAGGCCCGAGAGCGACGCGUGGGAGUGGAUCUGCAAACGCGAGCGGAGGCAGGGAAGGGGGAGAGGUGCCAGACGUGGGCGGAGGGGCGAGAGGGGGAGAUAUGGGGCGGAGCGGGCGGGGGAGAGGCGGCAGAGGGUCUUACAGCGGAAGCCGAGGGGGGGGAGGAGGUGGUGGGAGAGGAGGCGCGGGGAGGUCCCGAAGGGGCGCGAGUGAAACGGUCGUGGAGAGGACGCCAGGCGAGGAAGGCCGAGGACCUCUUACCGCUGCUCGUGCUGCUGCUGCUGCUGCUGCUGGCGGAGCUGGCGGAGGAGGCGAAGGAGGCGGAGGGGGCGGAGGAGGCGGAGGAGGCGGAGGAGGCGGAGGAGGCGGAGGAGGAGGCGGAGGAAGUAGCGGAGGAGGGAGCGGCUGCCAACUGUCGCUUCCUGGUGUCGGACUGUGGCGACUACAACAGCGACCUCGCGGACGCGGAUCGCAUGCCCGACUGGGCUGAUGUGGCGGCCGUCGAGAUCACCGAGACCACUGACUGGCACGCGGGCGAGGGCGCGGACGGGGGGAAUGCGCACGGGGACGCGGGCGGGGGACAGCGCGCGGAGGUCAAGGAUGGGGGGGAUGGGGGGGAGGACGGGGGAGAGGGGGGAGGGGUGGAGCGGGGAGCAGGAGGGGAUAGCAUAGCAGGCGGCGCCAGUGGCACGCUGUCGUGUCCGAUUUGCCUGGACAGCCCUCCGCUCUGCCCUCAGAUCACGGUGUGCGGGCACGUGUUCUGCCACCCCUGCAUCCUGCGCCACUUCGCCACGCCUGACGCGCGCCACCCCGACGCGCCCCCCCUGCGCCCCGCCACCACUGCCAGCGCUGCCGCCGCCGCUGCAGUGGCGCGCGCAGUUGCUGCAGGGGGCAGCCCGCAGAGGGCCCUGCGCGCGCUCUUAGGCGCUGCUCCUCUCGCGAGCAAUGCAGCGGCGGCAGCAGGGGGAGGGACGGUUUCGGGCGGAAGAGGCUCAGGGAGAGGAAGCGUGGGGCAAGCAGGGAGGGGGGGCGGGCGAGGUGGCAGUGGGAGAGGGGCAGCAGCUGCUGCUGCAGCAGCAGCGCCGGUGGUGCUGCCAAGUGCAGGGCUGGCGUCGUCAGUGGUGCAGCGGUUCAAGCGGUGCCCGCUGUGCUUCGCCAGCAUUGGGUCCCACGAGCUGCGCACUGUCACCAUCCGCUCCGUGCCUGCACCUCGUGUCGGCCACAUGCUGCGAUUCGUUGCUCUCAUGCGCUCCAAGGCCUGCGUGGUGCCAUUCGAGAUGCACCGGCACCACCGGGAGCACUUCUCCCUGGCAGCGCUGCCCUUCUCAUCCACCGGCCGCUGCCACGCCUUCUCCAAGCUCACGCUCACCUCCGACUCGGGCGCCGCUGCUGUCACGCACGCGGCGGUGCGCGCGCUGCUGCAGCGCGUGGAGGAGGUGAAUGAGAGCGGUGGGGAGGAGCUGGAGCAGCUGCCCUAUGUCAUGGAUGCUGUGAAUCAGCUGCUGGACCGCCAGCAGGCAUGGGUGGAGCACAGGCAGAUGGCGUUUGUGGCAGCCAGCCCGUCGCACCAGAAGGGCCUGCUGUCGCUGCUCAAGCUCCCCAUCGACCUCCCCCCACCGCCCCUCUCGCCCUCCGCCUCCCCCUCCGCCUCUCUCUCCGCCUCCUCCCCUGCUUCCCACCGCAUCACCUCCCCUCAUGCGCGCUCCUCCCCCUCGUUCCCCUCGCCCCCCACCACGAGCGCCAGUGCUGUGAGCAAGCGCAUGGGUGCAUUGCAGUUGGAGCAGGAAGAGGAUGCAGGUGGCGAGAAAAGCGAGGCGAACAAGGGCCGCGAGCAAGCCGGUGAGCUAGAGGUUGCUGGGGGAGACGAAGGGGAUGGGGCGGGAGAUGCAGAGGAGGAAGAGGAGGCAUGUAUUGAGGAGGCGGAGGAGGAGGGGAGUGUGGUCGCUGGGGGCGAGGAUGUGGCGGAGGUGGAUAGGGCGAUGCAUGAGCUGGAGGCGCGUGCUGGGUGGGUGUAUGAGAGUGCCUUUUCCGAUGAUGAGGGCGAGGGCGAGCAAGUGGGGAAGGACGGCGCUGGAAAGAGGGAUGCUGCUGGGGAUAGUGAGGGAGCUGUCUCGUCUGCUGAAUCUGCUGCGGAUGCUGCUGGGGAUGGUGAGGUAGCAGCAGAGAAGAGCCAGGGCGGGGUGUCAUGUGGGGAACGACGCGAGAGCAGGAUGGGAGGAGGCAGCGGUGCGGGUGGGGAGGCAGCCAUGACUGACAAGGCCGGGAGAGUGGAGAAACGUGAAGGGGACAUCGCGCGGGGUGACGGCAAGAAUGGGGCGGGGCGAGGUGGGAAGGGCAAGGCGGGGGAGCAUGUGGGUGAGGGCGAGGAGGUGUGUGGGUGGCACGUGUUCUACCAGGCACAGGAGGGGCCGUGUGUGGUGCUGCACCCACUCAACUUCAAGUGCUUGCUGCAACACUAUGGCUCCGUUGAACGCCUCCCCCUCAGCGUGACAGCACGAGUGGUACAGCUGGAGCCGAUGAGGCAGUCAGAGGCGGUGCGGCGGAGGCUGCGAGUACUGGACCACCUGCCGCUCACCGCUGCCUUUGUGCUGGCCGAGGUCGACCUCGCCCCGCUGCUGCCCGCACCCUCCCUUGCGCCCUUCCUGCCCGAGAUCAACCACCGCAGGCUGCAGCGCCAACGCCAGAUGCGACAGGAGGAGAGGGACCGUGUGAAGGCACAGCACAGGGAGGCAGUGGCAGUGGCGGCAGCGGCAGAGGAUGGGAGGUUCUUUGAGCGCCAGCGUGUACCAGCACCCAUGGACUUUGUCCCGCUCGCACAAGCUGUUGCUGCAGCAGGUUCCACAAGUACCGGUGCUUCUGCGGAUGAUUCCGAGACCGGUGGUGGGGAUGUGGCAGCAGGCAGUGCGGAAGGUGAAGGGGCGACUGGGAGUGCAAGCCAUGCGCCCCCCAUGGCCUUCUCAAAGGUCACAGAGCUGGGGUAUGCUGCUGGGCUGGGCUCCGUGGCACUAUCUGGCCCCUCCCUCUCUGCUGCAACUACCCCGCCUUCUGCCCCUGGCCCUUCACCUGUUUCCACUGCUGCCACAGCCGCCCUAUCAGUGUGGGCCAGUCGUCCAGACUUCUCCAGGGCAGGUGCUGCUGGUGCUUCUGCUGGUAGUGGUGCAUGGGGUUCUGGGGGGGCGGCUGCUGCAGGGGGGGCGAGGGGUGUGGGGAGUGGAGGAGAGGGGGCUCAGGUGCCUGGUGAUGAUGGGAGCGGUUCUUCAGGUGGGUCGAAGGGGAAAGGAAAGAAGGGCAAGAAGAAGGGCACUACUAUUUUGCUUUCUAGCGGAGGCCUGCCGCGCUACUGA